CAUUCUUCCAAAAAUGUCCAUAAAUGUGCCUCGAUGCAUUUUUUCUCACUCUGUUUAUGCAAGGAUGCUUGUACAGUUACAAGCGACCAUUAAACAGCUCGGAAAGUCACUGCCAAAACAUCGCAAUCUCUUUUGGAUAGCGUCCCGAGGUUUACUAAGCUGCAUGUCUGCUUUUAAUCAAAACUAAACAGCCAGACCGUUUCCCAAGCCCGAGAGAUACUCCGUGCAAUUUGCAGGAAGUCGCUAUGCAAGGGAAGAAAGCUGGGGAGAUAAACAGAUGAGACAGAGGAGCGGCAGUGCAGCGGUGCUGAGCAUUGGGAGCGAGAGAUGGGCUGGGAGGCGGGGGAGGUCCCACGGCCGGGAUCCGGGCGUCUUGACAGGCGGGACCCAGUGCUGCUCCUCCGAGGGCUCAGUGUCAGCAAAAUCCUAAUGUGAUCAAGAUGGAGACUGACUGUCUUUGGGCUUCUGCCGCUCUGCAUUUGUGUGGAUCUGGAGGCUUGUCAGCAAAGUCAGUUCCAGAGAUAAAAGGCCAGUUUGACCGGUGUUGAGUCUGAGCUGGACCUCAUGACGUUUAUAUGACCUACCAGACAAUGCCAGUCAUUUGACCAAAGAAGUCAGCUGAUCAGUACUGGAUCUGAACUGGACCUCGUGAAGUUUGCAUGAAGUGCCGUUGGACGUCGGGUCAGACAUGCCAGUUACCACAAGGAAGAGGAGCUGGGAAGAGCAUGUGUCUGGGAGGACUGGGCUACAGUACAGCUUCGAUGAUCUGGAUAUCAUUUGCUGCUAUGGGAUUACACAUCAGGACAUAAAGUCUGGCCGUGCCAUGUCCCACUCCGGUCACAGGGAGAGAUGCGUCUCAAUGCCGGAAUGCUGGAAUGGAGCACGGGAUCUGGCCCCAACUCUGGGUACAGAUGAAAAUGCCAACUACCCGGAAGAGGGCUGCUGUGCAUCCAUGGAAAGCAGAGGGGAGAUACCAGCCUGUGUUUUACACAGCUUUUCCAGUGACCCCCUCAAGGGCACUCAGCAGGGGGGCCUAGAUAAAGACAAAGACAAGCCUCCCAUAAUGAACCAGCGUGAAGCUACAGGCCAAGAACACAUUAGCGGCUCCCAGAGCGAUGAGCAGAAAGGGAAAGAAAAGCCGAAGCGAUCUGAUAAAGAGGGUCUUAUCCUGCUCCGGGCCUCCAUGGAGGCAUCUGGCCUGCAGGAGAAGGAAGAGGUGUGGAGCCACGUUGACGUGUCUUCAGAUGUCGGUUUUCUGGACCAUGUCGGUCUUCCGGGUCCUGGUAAUUCUCCAACUGAUGCUGGUGUUCAGGGUGAUACCGUUCAGGGUGAUGCUGGUCAUCAGAAUGUAGCCGUGUGUCAAGACAAUGUGUGUCCUUCUCAGAGUGAUGGAGACAGAGAGUCGCCUAACAAGCCCAAGGAGAUUUCCACAGAUGAGCCGAGGGAAUGUCAGAAUGGGGAUUCUUCGGAGCGUGUGCUUCUUACCCAGAACACAGAGCUAGAGUCUAGCAGGAGUAUAUUGAAAGGAUCCCGUAUAAGUGAGGAAAUCACAGAUGCAGAUGAUAUGAUCAGUGAAGUGAUAUGUUCUGAAAAGGAGCACAGCCAAAGGCAAGAGGACUGCGACGCGGCAGGUUCCGGCAGUGAAGCUGGGGAGUUCUCUGCUUCUCAGGAGGUAGAUGGGAAAAUUGCAAGGAGUCAUAGUGAGGCAUCGGGGAUGGAGUUGAUCAGACAGGCUCCGCGUUUUGGUGAUGUGGACUUUCCAUGUAUCCUGGGAGAUGCCGUCAUUACCCAUGCUGUCAUGGAUGUGGAUGGGGAUACUGCCUGUGUUGAGGAAUGUGAGAAAAUUCAAAUUCCAGAUGUGAACAAGGAAUCAGGCACUCUUAUGGCUGAAGAUGUAAAACUGCGUCAAAGGCAGGGAUCGAAAAGAGAGCGUGAGCGGUCCCGAUUGGACUCUAUGGUGCUGCUGAUCAUGAAACUAGACCAACUUGACCAGGAUAUUGACCGCGCCUUGAAUAUCACACCCAUCCCAUCAAGAAGGACUGUCCCUGAGUUUGGUAUGGAAAAAAAACGUGGAGAGGACACUUUUCACUCCUCAGAGCUGUCUCUUACCUUCCAGACCCCUUAUCCCACCGUACCAACAUUAGCAUCCAUAUCUGCUGACAGAGCGAAACACAAGGCUGAGAUGAUGCCAGCUAUUUCAGAAAAAGAUAAAGCUGAGAUAGAGGCCAAGGAGGUGUGUGAUUGGCUGAGAGCGGCAGGGUUUCCACAGUAUGCGCAGCUCUACGAAGACGCUCAGUUUCCCAUUGACAUCUCCUCCGUGACCCGGGAUCAUGACUUCCUGGAUCGAGAUGCCAUCGCCGCACUCUGCAGACGCUUGGCCACCCUUAACAAGUGCGCCAUGAUGAGGCUGGAGAUCACGCCCCCAAGGAAACGGAACGAAGAUUCAGAUGAGGAUGAGCCCUGUGCCAUCAGCGGCCGCUGGGCCUUCGAGAGGGGUAGCAGACGUUGGUCCAGGAUCGCCGAGUUGGACGGCCGCAGCCAGCCUGCCGAGGUCAGCGUUGAGAGCGAGCUGUCCGAGGUGGUUUCCCUCCACAGUAUGGACAGCAGCUCGGGCAGCACCGAUCCCGGGCAUCCCAGCCUAGGCACCGGCUCUUCCAGCCGCUCUUCUGAAGGCCUUUCCUUGCCAGGAGAUGUUCCUCCACCAGCUAUACCUAGCUCCAGGCCGAUGGGGCGGAGCGCACGGUCCCGGGCCAAGAGCUUCCUACGUAGGAUGGAAAGCCUACGUCUGCGAAGUUCCUCUACCAAGCAACGGAAGACGCCGUCGAGGCCGGUAAUCAGUGCCCCUGUACCACAGGAGGGUCUGCAUGAAGACGCCCUACGUCGGCUGCGCUGUGUGGACGUCUCCAGCCUCCAGGGCCGCCCCCCGGCCCAGAACCACAGCGCCCCCUACUGUACCCAGACGAGCAGCAGCAGUAGCCAGUCAGAAGCCAGCAGCGUCGUGAGCACGCCCAGCCCCAUCACUCGCUCGCGUAACCGCAGUAGCUCUGGUCACAACGCCAGCAAGCGAGGCGGGCUCUACCUAGAAGGCUUGGACCCUGCUGCCCUGCUGGAUGGAGUAGACUUGCUCAGCCUGCCCCAAUUCUUGCCCAUUACUCAAGAGGAGAAGCAGAAGUACAAAGACACAGGGACGUUGGAUGAGGACCGUGAAAAGGAGGAGGCAGAGAUCAUCUUCUUCAUCCCAGAAGGUCACAAGCCAGGUACCUUCCCCAAGGCACUAUGCCGCAGCGUCGCCCCCUACAGGAGCCGGUCAGAGAGCGAACGGGAUGGCGGCUGGGGGUCACGCAAGCGCAGCGGUUCGGCGGGCUCCAUCGACAGCCGGCUCAGCCUGUACGAUAACGUGUCCCCCGAGCCCCUUGGAACGGAUCUCCCCGAACCGCGGUUGGAUGACAUCCUGCGGCAGGUGGACGGCCUGCAGCGGUUCGUCAGCGAGUGGGCCGAGGAGGAGGCUGACUCGGACUCCGCCCUAGACUCGCCGCUGCAGCACCACCUGGAGGAGGCGGAGAGCAGCAGUGACCUGGACAGCGCGGCCCACAUCAGCGAACAGGAGGAGGGCCUGGCGAGUCGAGAUCGGAGGGACUCUGGCGUGGGAGCCUCCCUGACCAGGCCAAGCAGGCCCCCCAAGCUGCGCUGGCCAAGCUUCCAGGACUCGCACCGUGCCAGCCUCCCCUCUGCCCCCCUGCAGCUCAGCUCCCAGUCUGUGCUUCAGAUGAAUCUGCUGCAGAAGCUGGCUCUGCUGAAGCUCACCGCCCUGCUAGAGAAGCACACACCGGGGCACAAGCACAGCCUUAGCUGCAGGGUGUUGCCCCGGUUCAUGAAGAGACCCAAGCUGCGGGAUUACCGGGAUAGGAGUGUCUUCAGCGUGUCUCUGCAGCUGAACAUGCAGCACAGCGGACAGCCCCUCCCCCUGGGCAUCCAGCAAGCUAUGCGCUACUUGCGGAGCCAAUGCCUGGACCAGGUGGGCCUGUUCAGGAAGUCGGGGGUCAAGUCGCGCAUCCAGGCGCUCAGGCAGAUGAACGAGGCCUGCCUCGAUGGCAUCAGCUACGAGGGCCAGUCGGCCUACGACGUGGCGGAUAUGCUGAAGCAGUACUUCAGAGAUCUUCCCGAGCCUCUGCUGACCAGCAAGCUAGGAGAGACCUUCCUACAGAUCUACCAGUAUAUCCCCAAAGAGCAGCGCUUGCAGGCCGUCCGUGCGGCCGUGCUGCUGUUGCCUGACCAUCACAGGGAGGCGCUGCAGACGCUGCUUUACUUCCUGAGUGAUGUCGCCGGUGCCGCCGCCGAUAACCAGAUGACCUGCACCAAUCUGGCCGUGUGCUUGGCUCCCUCUCUCUUCCACCUGAACACACUGCGGCGAGACGGCUCCACCAGCAGGGUGAUGCAGCGGAAGCAGAGCCUGGGAAAACCGGACCAGAAGGACCUGAAUGAGAACCUGGCAGCCACCCAAGGCCUGGCCCACAUGAUCUCAGAGUGCAGGAAGAUCUUCCUGAUUCCAGAAGAAAUGAGUCGAUGCAGGAAUUCGUACACGGAUCAGGGUUUGAAACCCCCAGGACAGGGGAAGCAGACCACCCACGGGGGCGUCCUGAAGGAAAGUCUGGAUGGUCUCUUGAAGGAGGCCAAAGACCGUUUCCGGGGCUAUGACAGCCGGUCGACAUUGGAGCCUGCAGAGCUGGGGAGCAAGAAGGUCCAGGAUGGAGUUCCGCUGAGGUUCUGGAAGGCAGCUCUAGAGGUGCCAGCAACCCCCGAGGAGGUCCUGACCCGGCUGCUGCGAGAGCAGCACCGCUGGGAUGAUGACCUUCUGGAGGCCCAGGUUCUGGAAACGUUGGACGCACAGACUGAAGUGUAUCAGUAUGGGCGGGACAGCAUGGCGCCGCAUCCUCCACGUGACCAUGUCCUUCUCAGGACAUGGGUGACAGACCUGCCAAAGGGUGCUUGUGCCUUGGUCUGUACCUCCGUGGACCAUGAGGGGGCGUCAAUGUUGGGCGUGCGGGUUAAUGUCUUGACAGCCCGCUACUUCAUUGAGCCUAGCCGUCCUGGACGGUCUCGUCUCACAUAUAUCUCAAGGGUGGACUGCAGGGGCCGUCUCCCGGAGUAUUACAGUAAGAUCUUCGGAAACCUGUGUGCGGCUGAAGUGGUGCGGAUACGAGAUUCCUUCACGGCUCAAACAGAGAAAUGAACCUCCACCCGGUGGCAGUCCUUUUGGGGAAUGUCUCUUCUGCUCGUAGCAAGCACGGUGCAGAAAAGCGUAAUCUGCUCUUCCACGGAGGACCCUUUUGCACACAGAGAAAAAACAGCCCCAGACUCUGAUCACAUCUGCAAACAUUCAGCUGCUUCGCUGGAAUAACAGGCUACAGGGCAAGCCACAUGUAGGCCAAUAUGAUCCUGAGCUGUCCAGCAGGGGGCAGUACUGCUUCUGAGAAGCAAGAGAAUACACUUACUAGUUUGUAUUUAUAUAUGUAUGCAUGGGCGUAUAGGUAUGUAUUCUACUCUGCACUCAACCCUGUAUGUAAUUAUGCAUUACAGGGAAGGCUUUACAUGUUAUUUUACUGUAAAAGGCUAUGCAGGAAAUGCGCUGGUAUGUAAUACUUUUGAUGGAAGUUUAAGGCAAGAUGUAAUGAUGGACAGACUAAAUGUGGGAGAGAAGUGUGCGUAUAAUCUCGCAGGGUAAUCAUGAGCAAGACAACUUGUUCAUGUUGAGAAGUCCAAAUGAAGCCUUUAUGACGUGAGUAACACGAUAUCUUUGGGCAAAAAAGUACGAACUUAUUGAGCCUUUUGUAAGAUUUAUUCAAAAUACUUUACCUGUUAGAAGUGAAGCUCCGUGCAUGUUAUUCCAAUUGUUCGCUGGGAAAGUGUUUCACAAGCAAUAGUAGAUAUGCAUUACAUCUGAAAGCAGUUUACAAAAACAACUGCGAUGAACAUUUAUCAAUAAAAAAAUCAUUCUUUAAGGAUCAUUAUUCCUAAUGUCUUACAGAAAUGGAAUUCAGAGUAGGUCCGACUUAAUGCAUUGAGAAAGAACCACUGUAUCUUGAUAUAUAUAUAUGUAUAUAUAAAGAAAAUAUAAAUUAUGGAUUUUUAAAUUAAAAUGUAUCUGUCCUUUUAUAAAGGGGUUAUUAUACAGGUUUUACUGUAAAGAGAAUAAUGUCCAAUACACAAAGACCCAUAACUGCAUCUUAUUCUGUGUGAAGCAGAGAAAAGUCAGGUUUAUAUCAAAGGACAAUACUAUAUGUAAGUUUUCGGUAUCAUUUUAUCAGUAUUAAGCAACAUGAAGUUAAUGCAAAAUAAACGUUAAAUUUAGAUAUCUGCAAAAAUAUUUACUUCACUUCCUGUACAUGAUGCAUAACUUCUAUACAUUAAUAGGAUUCAGACAAAAUAAAAGUAAUGCAUGACUAUGAACAUUUGUUUGAAGUAUUCUGAUAUUUAUGCAUCAGAUAUUCAUUUUCAACAGGAACAGCAUUUGAUUGUAAAUGUUAUUCUUUAAGUUAAGGUAAAUACACGAUAUAUCAUUUUAUAUGCAUUUUUCUGUACAGUUCACCGACAUUACGUGCCCUAUUAAAUGAGUUAAAGUAAA